AAGCGGCCACCAGCCACCAUCCACGAAGAAGAACGGGGCAGGAAGUGCAUGUUCAUCCGUUCCAUGUGUUGCUGGCCGUUCACUCGUCCAUUCAUUCUUGAAACGAUAAGUUAAGUUACAUCACAUAUUUCUGUCUAUAACGCAACACGGGCGACGUUGCUGUUUCAGGAUACGAUAAAUAAUCUUUCCCAAAUAAACCAAAGACGAAAACUGUGGUGUCUCCGUACGUAAAACAUUGACGCUAGCUAGCUAACGCAGAAAUAGCAUUAAGAGUGUUUGGAAAAUCACGUCGAGUGACUUGAGUGCAUUAUCUGAAUGAAAAGCGCAGUGGACACUAGCAUGAUCAAGGAAAACCGGUGGAACAUACCCCCCAAUGCUCCUGCAUGCAUGGAGAGGCAUCUGUGCUCGGCGCAAUACAGAGCAGAUGGAACUCUGCUGCUAGGUGCCUCCAGUCUCAGUGGCAGGAGCUGGCAGGGAUCUGUGUGGAUCUUCAGUGACCCUGCGAAGGCCCCGAAUGAGGAACUCUGCAAAGCUGGUGUGCAGACCGAGGCUGGAGUCACAGAUGUCAAAUGGGUGUCAGAAAAGGGAGUUGUUGUCGCGUCAGACUCAGGUGCCCUGGAGUUCUGGGAGCUGGCGGAGGACGAGCGCCUGCUGGUGAAUCGCUUCACCAAACAUGACCACGACCAUAUUGUCACCACAGUGAGCCCGGUUACUGGAGCCAGCGGCGCUGUCUCUGGCAGCAUGGACUGCCGAGUUAAAGUCUGGGAUCUUGGUCAGGAGACAGUUGUCAAUACCUAUCAUGCGCACACACAACCCAUCAACUGUGUCGCAUGCAGUCCAACAGACGAGUCCCUCUUCGUUUCCUGUGGUCAAGAUGGUCGGGUGCUAAUGUGGGACAGGAGAAAGCCAAACAAACCUGCUUCUAGAAUAGAUGUAGGGACCCUCAGCUGCUCCCCUACCACUGUAGCUUGGCACCCCCAUCACAGAAGCACCAUUGCUAUCGGUGAUGAGCUGGGCAAAGUGACUGUGAAGGACUUCCUGGGAACAGAGCCAGUCCGGAUGGAGCCCGUCCACAGCCGCAAAGUUACUGGGCUUGCCUUCUCUACACAUAGUGCCUCCAUGCUAGCCUCCAUAAGUGACGACUGUUCCCUUGCUGUUUUGAACUCUGAAAUGCAAGAAAUACUUAGAGAUCGGCAACACCAGGACUUUGUGAAAGGUGUGUGCUGGCUCCAAGGCGGCUCCAACACUCUCACAACUGUAGGAUGGGAUCACCUUGUGCUUCACCACACAGUGGGUCCAGAUGCUGGAGCUCCCAACUCCACUUAGACCAAACAUACCUUGGAGGUGCCCUAACCCUAAACCCCCCCACCCCCCAUUUUUGAGGGGGUGUCCAUCUAUAUCUAAAGUAGUAAAUGUACCAUGUCAGUCAGGAAAUAUGGAUUUAUGUGUUCAUUGUCAUGUAGUAUUGCAGAUAUGUGCACAGUAUUUAGACUUUAGCUCUCUCGUUCCUGACUUUGGUGCUUUACUGCUCUACAACAUGUUCUCUCCAUUCACUUCUUUCAUACUGUAUAGAACGUCUAUGUGUAACUACACUUUAGGCAACCAAUUUGUAUUGGAUCAUUUUACAUUAAAGGUAACUUAAUGUGGCAAUAGCCAGAGCAUUUUAGAGCAUAUUUUUUGUGUUUCCUGAAAUGUUUUAUAUGAUAGCCAUGACACUAUAUGAAGAAACUCUAGCUGAAUGUGUAGGAAUGAGAAUGACUGCAUAUUGUGUUUUAUGAGAGUUGACGUAAAGGUCUUACACAGAUUAAUCUAUGUGACUGCUGCAGACCACAUUCACCCACUGUCGGGUCAAAAGAGGGAAGUGUGUUUGUGUGACAAGUGUGGGCGAUCGGCUCAGAAGUUAACAAGAUUACUUGUGUGAUUUUCACUCCAAGUGGCAGGUAUGGUGUCAUAGCUAAUCUGUGGUCUGACUCAGUGAACUGGAAUGGUCUUGGAUGCCAUAAUCAUCAUCAUCAUAUGCACAGCGUGGCCAAUAUAAUAUUUGAAUAUUUAAUAUUUGACCUACCAAAAUGCUGUUGCCUUGGAGAUUCAGUCAAAACAUUGAAGCAAUUAAACUGUAAGGUCUACUUUAAUGA